CCUUCCCCGCAUCUGCUCGUAAAACUAACUAUCACAGAUCCAAUUAAACGAGAUUUCUUCUGAAAGAAAAGGGAGAAGAUGAACAUGGCUUUGAGUUCAUCUUCAACGCAUUGGAGCUCGCUUUCGUCCCGGUUUAGAUACCCUAGGUUAUCUGCCCGAGUACUCUCCAGUUUAACUGACGAUUCGUCGAAAUCUUCAGUUCGCAUUUCAGCUGAUUCUGCUGCUCCAAAGGCUCGAUUUGUGGCAAGGCGGACGGAGUCCGUCUCCGUCCGACAGCUCCAACGUCCUCUGAGCGAGUAUAUGAGCUUGCCUGCUAGUCAGUACUCGGUGUUGGAUGCGGAAAGGAUAGAAAGAGUAGAUGAUAGCACCUUCAGGUGUUAUGUUUACAGAUUUAAGUUCUUUGCAUUUGAAGUUUGCCCUGUGUUGUUAGUCAGAGUGGAGGAGCAGCCUGAUGGUUGUUGUAUUAAGCUCUUGUCUUGCAAGCUUGAGGGUUCGCCAAUUGUGGUAGCGCAGAACAACAAAUUUGAUGCUUCUAUGGAGAAUAAAAUCAAGUAUGAUACCUCAAAAAGCGAAGUACCAGUGCAGCAACUUACCUCAGAUGCAGUUAUUGAGGUAAGCAUUGAGAUCCCUUUUCCCUUUCAAGCACUUCCAAAAGCAGCAAUUGAAUCGACUGGCACCCAGGUCCUAGGACAAGUUCUAAGGAUCAUGCUUCCCCGGUUUAUGGCCCAGCUGGUGAAGGAUUACCAUGCGUGGGCAUCAGGGGACACAUCUAGGCAGCCUCUUGGAACGGGUAAAAUUUAAGGAUAUCGAGUGUAAUGUUUCUCUAUUUAGCGUAAUUAGAUUAAGAGUUGGUUUGUUUAAUAUAUACUCUAGUGUCCAAUUCCGUCAUCAUAUUGCACACCUGGUCCUCCUACAUGUUGGGGCGGAAUUUACAUCUCAUAGUUAAUUUUUUUUUUUUAUGUUUAUGCACGUUCAACAGUACUGAUCCAAUUCCAUGUCUAAAUAUCUGUUGGUAAUGAAGACUAAGUAAAGUAGUUCCUGUUAUUAAAUCCAGUUUCA